AUGGCAGCAAUGUCUCCUCAAGUGCAUCUGGCUCUUCCAUUGGCAAUGGCACGAUCUGGGAAGAUUGGGAAACGGACGACGUGGAUGAGUCAGAUGAUGAGGAGGCCGAGCCAAACGAAGGUGUGGAGAAUGUAUCCCACACCACGAGGUCGAACGGUGGCAGCAUCUCCAGCUCGACUGGCAAUGGGACCAUCGAGGAUUUCGAGUACGCCCGAGGAGGACGAGGAGGACUUGGCGCUGCUGGAGGAGCCCUGCAAGGAGGGGCCACCAGCAGCGUAUCAGAAGGACCUGCCGCACAAAGUGCGGCGUCCCUGCGUGAAGCUCAACUUCUCCAAGGCGUUGGGAGUGGUAGACCCUGCGCCAGUGCCGCUCCCCACAUUGCCUCCGGUGACCACCACUUGGGCGCCUGCUCCGGCGCCGAGCCCGGCCACGGAGCCGGCGCUGAACAUCACCGUGGUCUGGGAGAAGCCGCGGCAGGCCGACACCGCCAGCCCGGACAUGCCUCAGAUCUUCAUCCCCGGCACCCCAGCCCCAGACAUCGAUGCGGCGGCGGCCCGUGCAUCCGAGCGCCACAUCGAGCACCACAAGCACCACAAGCAACACAAGCACCGCGUUGCAGCGCAUCCUCCCCCUACGGAGGAUCAUGUGGAAGGCAAUGCUUCGGAGCGCCUGCCUUUGGCGCCGGUGCAGAACACCACCUGGCCGGUGGAUGGCGCCAGUGAGGCCCUUGAGGGGCUGAUGCUGGAGCGCCAUCGACUGGCGGAGAAGCUGCUGAACGUGUCCGACACCUUCCAAGGCCAAAAGCGCAGGCACCACGGCCUGGUCAAGGCGCUCCUGGUCAGCGAGGACGCGCUGCAAAACCUGCGCGCCGCCUGCGCGGACCACGCGGAAGCCUCGAGCCUCGUCUGGCGCGAGCUCAAUGUGACGCAGACGAAGCUUCGGAGGCUGCAUGGGCGCAUCCGCAUUGCCAAAGAUGCUGCACGGCGGCUGGAGGGCUGUGUGGACGAGGAUGAGGCAGCGAAGCACGCGAACCGCGCGCGCUGGUCGGCGGAGGCUGCCAUGCAGCGAGCAGAGGUGGAGCAACGCUUGGGGAAGCUGCUGGGCAUGAGAAAACGCCUCAAGUGA